CGUGUGAAUAGGGAAGGUGUUAUUUGCAGUCACUUGGUUUUUCGUUCGUUUAAGUUGUCAAAGGCCGUGGAAAAAAGUUUGUUGAAAUUUAAACUGUGUGGAUUGUUGUUGGCAUUGGUCUGAUUCCGUUUAUUGGUGACAAGGUGAAUUAAUAAGAAAAUGGAGCUAACUGAUAAAAUUGACCCUGCAGAAGUUCUUGCUCACCUCAAUCAACUUGGCUACAAAAACAUAAGUCCUCCCCAGCUCAAAGAAUUCAUCAGAGACUUAAAGAAGUUGAUUGUGCAUGACCAGCUGAGCUCCAGUUCCGGGUCCUUGACAUCUCUUUCUUCAGCAGCAUCGGACUUCACUUAUUAUUCUAGCAGUGCAGCCUUGUCGAAUCAGUCCAUGAAAUCGAAUACUGGACCCACAAGAUUAAAUCCAUCAAACAGAAGUGAAUCUGUGGGAAAGAAGAGUGCCCCUGCAUUUAGACAGCAAAACUUAUUUCAGGAAUUAAUGACUUCAGUCGACUCAGGGACUACAUCGAAAAAAAGUUUCUCUUCAACAUCGUCAUCUCUGUCAGAGAGGUGUGUGCAGAAAGAAAAUUUGCCAACCCGCAAAGUGAAGACCAAAUCAAUUUGUGAAGAAGAAUUGCAAGAGGCUGUAAAGCCAAAAACUUCUUUCAUCCGCCCAUGGCAGUUGCAAGGCUCAACCUCAGGUGGUGCCAGAACGGGCCGCAGUGACCCAGUCAGCCUCUAUCAUUAUUACCAAACUUUAUGGGCUCAACGAAAAUGUCCAGGGGAAGAUUCUCAUGCUGAUCUGCGUUGGGUGAUUCGUGAAAAAAUGAUGGGACAAGAUCCACACCUCUAUUCUCAAAGUGUCUUGCCACCUGGAAAGAAAAGCAACAGAUUGCGGCUGUAAAGAAAUUGUUUGUCUUCCUUCUCUUAUCACCUGCCCAAUAAAUUGUUUUAGAUAUUUGCCUUGAUUUAAAUUUGCUUGUUCAAUGAAUUAUAUUUUUAUGAAAAUAUGCUUGAACUUUCAGAUAAGAAACAGACAAUUUAUCUGGCAGAACACAUUUUUAAAGCAAAAGAUGUCUGUUUCUCAUCUGAGAGUAUGGUGCUUCCAGUAUAGUAUUAAUGUAAUGUAGCUUUAUGUUGUACUUAAAACAAAAUUAAAUGCCUUGGUGAGAAACCAACAUUGCAUUGUGUUCAGUUGUGUCUUAUGCUGCUAACGCUCAACAACUUUUUAUGCACAUUGUCAAAGUUCUUAUGAAGUAAGCAUAUCAAAAAGUUCCAUUUAGUUUCACAUAUCCUAUUUAAGUUGUGUUAGAUGUAGAAAGAAGUGUGUUUGUUCAUGUCAGUUACCUUAAGAUUUGAAGCUAGCUGAGGAGCAGUUUGUCAUUUCUGUGCUGUACCAACCAUUGAAAGCUUACCUGUCAUAAACAGUAUUAGUAUUGCUUUUUUCUAAAAUUUGUAUGAGUAUUGGGUGAAAUACAUUGUGUCAGCAGCCA